GAAGUAGCUUGGUGCGUGCAUGUGGUGUGCAGGCUGCACGCACCAGUAGCCGGGUCGGGGCCGGGAAGGCGUGUGCACUGCUGCCUGGGACAGCUCGUGGGGCUCCCCCGCCCGCCGGAGAGCGAGCCGAGCCUGUGGGCCUGAGCGAGCCUACGGGCGCCUUCGCCCCCCAACAUGGGCAAGAAGGGCAAAGUGGGGAAGAGUCGCCGGGACAAGUUCUACCGCCUGGCCAAGGAGACGGGCUUUCGCUCGCGAUCCUCCUUCAAGCUGAUUCAGCUCAACCGGAAGUUCCAGUUCCUGCCGAAAUCCCGCGCGCUGCUGGACUUGUGCGCGGCCCCUGGCGGCUGGCUGCAGGUGGCCUCCAAGUUCAUGCCAGUUUCCAGCCUCAUUAUUGGGGUGGAUUUGGUCCCCAUUAAGCCCAUCCCCAACGUGGUGACGCUGCAGGAGGACAUCACCACGGAGAAGUGUCGGCAGGCCGUGCGGAAGGAGCUGCAGACGUGGAAGGUGGACGUGGUGCUGAACGACGGGGCCCCCAAUGUGGGGGCCAGCUGGGUGCAUGACGCGUACUCCCAAGCCAACCUGACGCUCAUGGCCCUGAAGUUGGCCUGCGAAUUCCUUUCCAAGGGCGGCUGGUUCAUCACAAAAGUCUUCCGCUCCCGCGACUACCAGCCCCUCCUGUGGAUCUUCCAGCAGUUGUUUCGCAAGGUGCAGGCCACCAAGCCGCAGGCCUCCCGCAACGAGUCGGCCGAGAUCUUCGUCGUCUGCCAGGGAUAUCUGUCCCCAGAUAAAAUUGACAGCAAAUUCUUUGAUCCCAAAUUUGCCUUCAAGGAAGUUGAGAUUCAGGCCAAAUCUGUGAGCGAGCUGGUGACCAAAAAGAAACCAAAGGCGGAGGGAUACGCAGAAGGUGACACGACGCUCUAUCACCGCUUCACGCUGAUGGAUUUCCUCAAGGCCCCCAACCCUGUGGAUUUCCUCUCCAAGGCCAAUGAGAUCACGCUGGGGGACAGCGAGCUGGAGCGGCACAGCGCCACCACUGAGGAGCUGCGCCAGUGUUGCCGGGACAUCCGCGUGCUGGGCCGCAAGGAGCUCAGGGCCCUGCUGAACUGGAGGACUAAGCUGCGUCGCUUUAUGGCCAGGAAGCUGAAGGAGCAGGCCAAGGAGCUGGACAUCAGCUUGAGCUCUGGCGAGGAGGAGGAGGGUGGCGAGGAGGAGGCCGUGAAGACGUCGGGAGCAGCUGGGGAUGGAGCCGCAGAGGAGGAGGAGAUGGAGCUGAGGCUGGCGGAACUGAAGGCAGAGGAAGUGGCUGAGCUGAAGAGGAAAAAGAAGAAGAUCCUGAAGGAGCAGCGGAAGCAGCGCGAGCGCAUCGAGCUGAAGAUGGACCUGCCCGGCGUCUCCAUCGCGGACGAGGGCGAGACUGGCAUGUUCUCCCUCCGAACCAUCGGCAAGACCCGGCUGCUGAACGAGGUGGCCAGGGGCGAUAUGGCGUCUGCGGACGCCUUCCUGGAGGCGCCGCAUGAGGACGACGACGUGGCCCUCUCGGAGCAGGAUGACGCGGACAACGUGUCUCUGGCCAGCGACCUGGACUCGGACGAGCUGGCCGACAUCGAGGAGCGGCUGCAGGAAGCCAAGCGGGGGCUGGGCCCAAAGAGAGGGACCUUCCAGCAGCUGGCAGAGGAGGAGGGGGAGGAGAAUCCCCUGCUGGUGCCCCUGGAGGAGAAGUCGGUGCUGGAGGAGAGGCAGACCAACCUGUGGUUCGGGAAGGAGGUCUUUGCCGGCAUUGAGGACGAUGUGGACGAGGCCCUGGAGAUCAGCCAGGCGCAGGCGCUGUCCGAGAGGAAGGAGCCGCCGCCAGGGAACGUGAAGGGGAAGGGGCAGAAGAAGUUGCCCCCAUCCCAGGAGGCAGCUGCAGUGGAGGUGGGGCCCAGGGCAGCCGUGGGGGCUGGUCCCAGCGAAGACCAGGGCGGGGGGAGCAGCGGCGAGGAGGACUCUGACAGCAGCAGCGACGAGGAGAGGGAGACAUCGCAGAAGGGAAGGAAGCGGGCGCUCGCCGAGCCAGGUGGCUUUGAAGUGGUGCCCAUUGAGGACCCAGUGAAGAGAGCCCGUGUCCUGGAUGCAGAGGGGCUCGCGCUGGGGUCUGUCAUUGCCACCUCCAGGAAAGCCAAGCGGGACCUGAUUGACAACUCCUUCAACAGGUAUGCCUUUAACGAGGAGGAGGGGGAGCUGCCCGAGUGGUUCCAGCAGGAAGAGCAGCAGCACCGCCGGAAGCAGCUGCCUCUGGACCGGCAGACGGUGGAGGAAUACCGGCAGCGCUGGCGCCAGAUCAACGCCCGCCCCAUCAAGAAGGUGGCAGAGGCCAAGGCCCGGAAGAAGCGGCGGCUGCUGAAGAAGAUGGAGCAGAUGAAGAAGAAGGCGGAGGCUGUGGUGAGCACAGUGGAUAUUUCGGAGCGUGAGAAGGUGGCCCAGCUCCGCAGCAUCUACAAGAAGGCCGGCCUGGGGAAGGAGAAGCGGGAGGUCACCUACCUGGUAGCCAAGAAGGGGGUCGGCCGGCGUGUGCGGCGCCCCGCGGGGGUCAAGGGACACUUCAAGGUGGUGGACAGCCGCAUGAAGAAGGACAUGAGGGCUCAGAAAGGCAAAGAGAAGACGAGACGGCGCCGCAAGUGAGGACUCUGCCCCCGAGGGCUGGGCACGGCCGGCACCAUGCACCAGGUUGGGGUGGCUGGACAGCCCAUGUGCCAGCCCUGGCCCCGACUCCGAGUGACUCUGGACAACCUGACCCUGUUCUGAGCCCCUGGCUCCUCAGCCAGAGGAGGAGGGAGUCACGCUCUGGAUCAUAAGAGGUCAUUUCCUGUUGACCAUGGAGCCACUUCCUGUCUGCAGCCUCGUGGGAACCGGCCCUGCCAGCCUCAGCUUCGUGGCGCCACUGCCCUUCCCAGGCUUGCUGUGCGGCAGACGAUUGGUUAGCCCUGGUCAUGUGGCUUCUGUGUUGCCCGCCCAGAAUUGACAGAUGUGAUGAGACUCCCCAGUGAGACGGCCGCAUUCUGUACACCCGCCUGCCAACCGCACCCCACUGCGGGCGUGUCCCGGUCUCCCACAGAGCAGGGCCAGGAGGUGAUGGUUGCUUUCAGCCAGGCGUCCUGGGCUGGGUCAACCCCUGUGCAGUCCGCGGCCUGGCCCAGAGCAGGGGCUUCCUGCACUGGUUGUAGACGGCGCCGGGGUUCGCUGGGAAAGCAGGAGCUAAAGCUGGGCAGGGGGAGGCGUCCCUGUCUCUGGGGCUGUCUCAUCUCCGCUGUCUGGUCUCCUGGGGGGGCAGCGGCUCUCCUGGUUUGCUCUGAAAUUAAACCCUGUUCUCUG